UGGAUGUCAAAUUGGGUGUGUUAUUCUUCUACAUCUUCAAAUUUCUUGCGCUAAACGAUACACAAAAUUCUCCGCCGAUUGCUGUCAAUCGAGAUGCAUAUAUAGAGCGAUUCAAAUUUCUUGCGCAGAACGAAUCAUUUUCAAUUUCUAUAACUUCUUCGCCUAUCUAUAGAGAGGGAGUGGUGAGGCGAAAUGGUGCUAUGGGAAAUUACUUUGGGAACGGCCUACUUUUUGGGUCUUAAACGAACCUACAGGCUUGCUCUCAAAAUCCAACGGAAGCUCAUCAGCCCUAAACGCCCUAGGAUUAGGCAAUUUCUUCAUAGACGAACUCGGAAUGUGUUUGAUGCGGCACUUACUGUUCAUCGCAAGGUACAAGAGAGGGAUAUUGAAGUUGGGCGGAACCUUGGCAACUGGAUUCUGCGGUGGCUUGAUAAAAUGAAGCCUGCAGCUCAGAUCAGAGGACAAUCUCCACCAGCCCCUAAAACAAACAGCAACAUGCCAAAGCAGUUGAAUAAUCAAGAAGGACUCCCAAAAUCUACACAUGAGAAAUCAGACAGACAUCUAUUUGUUGCUUCUCGAUCCAUCUUAUCUAAAACCCCUACCAUCGAGAUGAUCAUGAAGCCAAAAACGCCUAUUGGACACAAUACCCAGUACAGGCAAUAUGGUGCUGGUGGCUUGGAGUUUUUCACCAUGGACCGCACAAGAUUUGGCGCUGGGGAAGUGCUUAGGAAUGACAUAAGGCACUGGAGUAUGUAUCACUAAUAUGUUGUUACUUUUACUGUUUCUGUCUUUUAACUUGACCAGCUACUGCCAAGAUGAAAUCCUUGGAAGAAAUUCUUGAAAAUGUUAACCAUGUAAAUAAAUAAGGUAGGACUUGAUAGUUCAGGAUUCGCUUUGCUCUAGCUGGAAUUGUUUGUUCUUCUUGAUGAACAAGUUUGCAUUUCUUAGACAAUCUUGUUUGAAUCAUACUGGCAAGCAUGUUGUGCUUGGCCCUCUUUUUGCA